AUGGAACUCUGGAACACCACAUUGGAGAAUGGUUUCUUCCUCAUUGGAAUCCUCCAGGACAGUAAGUAUCCUGGACUGGUUUGUGCCACAAUCACAUUCCUCUACCUGGUGGCUGUGAUAAGCAAUGUCCUCCUCCUCAUCUUGAUUGCUAUGGACAAGAGGCUCCAUGUGCCUAUGUACUUCUUGCUCAGCCAGCUCUCAGUUACAGAUCUUCUCUUUUCAACUGUCAUUUCUCCUAAAACAUUUGUGGAUUACUUGCAUGGAGAGAACACCAUCUCUUUUUUAGGCUGUGGAUUUCAGAUGUUUCUGAUACCGACACUUGGAGGUGCUGAAGAUACCCUGUUGGCCUUCAUGUCAUAUGACCACUAUGUAGCCAUUCAACAUCCCCUGAACUAUAUGGUCUUCAUGAGACCAAAAGUUUGCUGGUCCAUGGUAGCCACAUCCUGGCUCUUGGCAUCAAUGAAUGCCCUUGUGCACACCAUAUACACAAUGGACUUCCCUUUCUGUAGAACCCGGGUGAUAAGCCACUUGCUCUGUGAGAUCCCUCCUUUGCUGAAGCUAGCGUGUGCUGACACCACAAAGUACCAGUUCUUGGUAUACACAAUGGAUGUGACAUUCCUCUUCAUCCCCCUCUCUUUUAUCAUUGCCUCCUAUACACUAGUUUUGACUGCUGUGUUUCACAUGCCCUCAACACAGGGGAGAAAGAAAGCUCUCCUUACCUGUUCAUCCCAUCUGACAGUGGUUGGGCUCUACUAUGGAGCUGCUGUGUUCAUGUAUGUUCUGCCCAGUGCUUACCACACCCCUCAGAAAGACAAUAUCCUUUCUGUGUUCUAUACCAUUAUUAUUCCAGUCCUAAACCCCCUGAUCUAUAGCCUGAGGAACAAAGAUGUACUGGGAGCCCUGAAGAAGUUGCUAGGGAAAAGCCUUUCAGCACCAAAAUUAUAG